AUGUUGGUGGGCUGUUGUCUGCCUCGUUUUAUCAAGGCGGCUAAGGAAGCGGAGAACUUGGUGAUCCAGAAGAUGCGCUGCCAAGACUACGUGAUCCUCUGCGUGGAGGACACCACGGACUGGAAGCACGCUACCACUCGAAACAUCGUAACUCAGGUGGACCACGACCUGUCUCGCACGGUGCUGGUGACGACCAAGCUUGACACCAAGCUGCCCCAGUUCGGCGGCGGGGAUGACUUGCAGGACUUCCUCAGAGCCCCCUCUAUCCAGCGCAUGUACCGGUGCAUGCUGGGAGGCCCGUUCUUCACCACCGUACCGUCUGGGCGAGUGGGGCGUGCCCGCGACUCCGCUUACUUCUCGAACGAAGCGUUUGUCCACGGGGUGCGCCGAUCUGAGCGCGAUGACCAGAUGCUCGUUGCGGCAAAGCUAGGACCCCAAGCCGCGCCCACCUGUCUCCCCCGCGUGGGCGUGUCCCGCCUGCGUCGGUUCUUGGAACGGCGCGUGGAGGAGUGCUACCGGAGGAACGUCGCGCGGAUCGUCCCCUUGCUGCAGCAGGAGAUGUCGAGGGCGGAGGGAAGGCUGCUCACCACGGAGCAGGAGAUCGAUGCGCUGUCUUUGGAAAGCUUGAAGGCAUCGGCGGACGAGUACCGCGAGCACUUCUCUCGGGCCCUAGGGCGCGCGAUCCAGGGUACCAUCAAGGCCCCGCCCGAGAAAUUCGGCGAGACGCUGGAGGCCGAGCAGCUGAGGGCCGGUUCGUUCAUCGAGGACUCUGACGUGGACGCGGACCAGUGGGAGAGGUUGAUGGAGAUAGAGGUCGGCAACGGGGACAACAAGCUGUUCGGGGGAGCACAGUACCACCGGGCUCUCCGCGAGUUCAACUUCGCGAUCCGGCACAUGAACGCUCCUGAGGUUUCGGAGGAUGAGAUCGCCAACGCCGCUGGCAUCAGCGACAUGCACGACGGGGUGAACUUCAUGAGGGCCGCCUGCGUCAUUGCGGUGGACAAGGCGAGGGCGUCGUUCGAGCCAACCCUGGACGCCCUUCGCGUGCGGACGGUGCACGUGAUGAAACGGCUUUUCGGGGUGGUGGAGCACAUGCUCAAGUCCGACGGCAUGCAGAUGAGCGACACGCACCAGAAGCCCUUCAGCUUCAUCGUGAAGCGCGUUUACGAGAAGUUCGUGGAGAAGGCGGUGGACGAGACCCUCGCCCGCUGCCGCGACGACUUGACGGCCCUCACCCGCUUCGUCACCUGGGACCUACACGAGCGAUCCGCGGGCGCCCUCCGACGGUCUCUCCCCGACAGCUCCAUGGUCCACAUAUACUCUCUGGCGGUGGACAACCGCAACCGGGGGCGGCGGAGAGGGGGUGGCAGGGGGAAUUCGGAGGAGGGACCCCCCCCGUCCCCCCAGGACGGGGCCGUCUUCGACCAAUGGGAGGCGGCCAAUACUGGGGGCCUCGGGGGAGCGGGGAGUGUCAUGCGCCAGAAGGACUACUUCAACCUCCAGCAGCUGAUGGAGGAGGCGAGCAGCUCGAGGGACGCGGAACGAACCUCCGCAGUUGUCUCGGCGCUGGUGCAGCACAUCAUGCUCAGCUGGAGGGAGCACUUCGCGAGAGCCGUGGCGAUGAAGUUCAACUGCUUCUUCCUCAUGCCCUUCGUCGACGACUUCCCCUCUUACCUACGCCGGGAACUGGAGAAGAUCUACGAGGGAGAUGUUGGAGAUAUCUUUGACAUCGCGGAGGCGAGGGGGGCUCUCGUUCGAAGGAGGGAGUCGCUUGUGGCAGAGUGCAAGGCUUGCCACGAGAUCCAGGGCAAGUUCGACUCGAUCAACUCACAGCUGAACAACGCUAAGGAGAUCUACAAGAACGGGGAUCAGGACCUAGAGGCUACCGCGGCGGAGGCGGCAGCGGAGGCUGAGGCCGACGCGAUCGCUGAGCGAGAGAUGGAGGCGGCGGCGGCUGCUGCAGCGGGGGCGGAGGCGGCGGCGGCGGUGCAGGCGGCGGAGGCGGCCUCGACCCGUGACUCUGGGACAGCAAUGAUGCGAGACUACGAAGGGAUCGACAGCCUUGAGGACGACGAGACGAUGGUGUUCGGCGGCAGUGGCGGCGGCGGCGGCGGCGGCGGCGGCGGCGGCGGCGGCGGUUUCAGUAGCGAGGGCAACAGUGGCCGAAUUUUUUUCUCUGCUGGUGGCGGUGGGUUUAGUUCCACCGCCGGGACUGUGGCGGGCCGGCCGCCGGCACCGGGGUACGGCAGAAAUUUCUUCGCGCCUUCCGAAGAGGAUUCCUCCGAAGAGGACGGAGACGAAGACGACGUGCUGUUCGUCAACCCGGUGGCCUACAUGGGUCCCAUCGGAGAACAGCCUCCUCCGGUUGACGCCUUCGACCGCCGUCGCCGCCGGGGGGGGUGGACCCCCCAGCAGCGCUUGGGAGCGGUGGCGGACGGGGAAGGCGGCGAGCGAGCAGCAGAAGAAGUCGAUAGCAAAGGUGGAGGUUAUCGGGGUUCUUUCGACUCCGCUUCUUCGGCGGCGGCGGCGGCGGCUCGGCUGAGCAAGGGAUGGACGGGGGCGGGGGCGGGGGCGGGGCCAGUGGGUCGGGGUGGAGGUGAAGACGAGGUUGGGGGGGACGUCGGCGCGAUGCGGGGAGGGUCGUCGUCGUCGAUGUCAUCGGUGACGGUCCCCGAGGAGGAGUCGGUGCGGUACCGGCGGCGACGAAACGGUACUAGUCCCGCCGCAACCGGGGGUGCGACGGGGGCGUGACGAUGAUACUGCUGUGUGCUGCGUUUGGAGAGAGAAAGCGGAAGAUCUGUAGUGUCUGCGUGCGAGAGCCUGGAGCUUGUAGGCGACCCGUGAGGUGGAAGCCGGUUUCGACUGUGACCGAUGUAUCUCGGUUGGCGUGUUUCCGUCGAGGCUGUCGACCCAACUGGACGGGUUUGCGGAGGGAGGGAAGUUAAGCGUUUCUGCUGCUGACGUUGGGCUUCGGGGAGGAGAUGCGCUUCGGGACUCACGUUUUCGGGUCACAUAGGCAUCGUCUCGUUUUUAUCUCGCCACGAUCGCCGCGACUGAACCACGGGCGUUCGUUCAGUCGGCCGGCGGGCCGAGAGGCGCCAUAGAAGGUGCACCUUCUUGGAGCAUGUAGAAGGGACAUCGCAGGCAGUCGCGUGGGCAGGUCCCACUGAGUACUGCCGCGGCUUGCCGAGUACGUCGAUGGUAUGUUGCUGAUCGGGCGGGUAUCACAAGGAGUCGGGCACGGAGGUAGGGGCCCCUUGCCACUUGCAUUGGGGGGUAAUUGUUGUGCCACCGGCGUUUCCCGGCGGGGCGCAAUGUGUCUGCGGCCUAGCCAGCUACCUCCUCGAGCAAAGUGUGGCUGAAAGCAUUGGGUACUGUCGGCGUCGGGAGGGAGUGUGGGGAGGGGUGGAGAGACGUCCUGUAUACAGCUGUUGGUUUGGUCACUCGUCCUUUAUUGCAUGCAAAACUUAGAGACAAGGCUACAUGCCACGCGUUUGCUCCUCCUGUGCACGCCAAUGACAUGUGCUUCGCCGGAUCCUUUAUGGUUGGGUGUCUACGUAGUAGUCGUUUUUGUUUCUCCGGGACGUGUCUUGUUGACGGUCAUGGUGUUGGCAUCGUAUCGUGACUGUGUUGUUGUAUCAUACCUGGUGUGAUCUUUUACUUGGAGCAAGCUGUUCACUGUUCGCCGACGCGUGCUGCCGAAGGUCAAGUAUGGCAGAUCUCUGGGGACAGGGGAGGGGAGCCGGGGGCGGGGAGGCAAGGUUGGGUGUAUGGCGUGCUCUCGUCUGUGACUGAUUGUGAUGGCUAGCUGUUGCGAUGGCUGCAGCUGCACAGCGGUAGCAGGGAGGUUGUUGGCUUUCUUGAACCGGUUGUUUUCGCCCUACCUUCUUUCUUUGUGUCCGUUUUGUUUCUGUGUAUACCGAAAAGAUUACGUUACAUUUUUUAUUGUUUGUCGGAAGCUCUCAGGGUGUAAGUGUCUCGUUCCGUAAAGACACACAUUCCAGUCUAUUUUUAUUUCCGUUUUGCUUCACAACAUAUCCUUCUUCCUCCCUCGCCUCUUUUUAUUUUGCACUAGGGCCUACAUCCAAGAGCCUCGUGUGGUUGUGCUGCUGUAGUACCUUCUACUGCGACAUUGUUUUUGUAUUGUCUGUCGAAUAGUUGUUCUACGUGGUCAAUCAGGCGUUCACUCAUGGAGGCAUUCUCUCCUCCUCCCGGAGGCACUUUUACUCGUGUUCUCGCUCUCCGAGUUAUGAUUUACGUCGGGGAGAUUGGGAAACAGCAGCCAGGGGGAAACUGAGCCCCCUCGUGAUGGCAAUUAAAACGUGCGUUUUCCGCGUUGAAACUGCUGUCUCGAUCGAUGAAGCGGCUUACGGAGGCAUUUUUCUUCCCCCUCCCCCGAUCCUCGUUUUCUCGCUCUCCGCGCUACGUUAAGGUUCUGUGCCAUCCCGGGUGGGGAAUUUGGAAACCAGCCAAGAAAUACUGGUUCCUUGUAUGUUUGUCAGUGAUUACAUCGUGCGUUGUACUGUCAGUCUUGCGUUGAAAUUCUGUCUCGAUUGAUGCAGCGGCAGCAGGGGCGUUAAACUGAACAACUUGAGACGUGCGAUCUUUUGCGUAG